UAUGCGUGCCUUCCAAUUCCAUUGUUAUAAAUGUGCCCACGCCCACCCCGGUGCUCUUGCAACUACCCAUCCGCUUCACUCCACGCCAAUAGCUAUCGCCUAUCCUCGGCUAUUUGUCGCUUCUCUCUUCAGCUGCUUGGAAGCAGUGCUUGCGAUUAGCUUCCAACCCUGGCCUUACCUUAGCCUUGCGAUACACGAGAGCCUCCUUUCCAUCCACAGCGCCAUCACCAAUAAGCUCUACCCACACCAUGGCCUCCAAAGGAUUCCCCUCAACCAUGAGAGCCUGGCAAUUCAGCAGCACAGCCGGCGGCCUCGACAAAAACCUCACCCUCAACCCCUCCGCCCCACUCCCCACCCCGAAACCCACCCAACACCUCAUCCGCGUGCUCGCCAUGGCCUUCAACCCCGUCGACUACAAAGUCUGCGAAGUGCAGUUCAUCAACCGCCUCGCCGUCACCAAACCGGCAAUCCCCGGUCUCGACGUCGCAGGCCGGAUCGUGAAACCCGCCGCGGGAUCGGAUCUGCAAGAAGGCCAGCUGGUUUUCGGCGUGGCGGCCACGUCGGCGAUUGCAGGAGGUGCAUUGGCCGAGUAUGCGGUCGUCAAUGAUGCGCGCUCAGUCGCCGCCCCGGCUGGCCUCUCGCCCCUCCAUGCAGCCUCCAUCCCCAUUGCAGGCCUCACAGCGUACCAAACCAUCGUCCCCUACGUCAAACCGGGGUCGCGCGUCUUUGUCAACGGCGGUUCAGGCGGCGUGGGCAUCUUCAGCAUCCAAAUUGCGAAAGCGGUCGGAUGCCACGUCGUCGCCACCUGCUCCACGCCCAACGUAGAGCUGUGCAAGUCGCUUGGCGCGGACGAAGUCAUCGACUACAAGAAGGGCCCUGUCCUCGAGGCACUGAAGAAGCAGCAUCCGCCAUUCGACCACAUCGUCGACAAUGUUGGAGGGAACUAUGAGCUUUUCUGGCGCGCGCACGAGUACUCGCAGCCCACGGCGCGGUAUGUGUACGUGGGCGGCACGCCGUCGCUGUCGUUUGCGAUGUUUAUGGUGAAGGCGAAGUUUUGGCCGGGCUUCCUGGGGGGCGGGAAGAGGGCUUAUCAGGGCAUAUUCGCGCAACAGCGCCCAGAGGAGCUGAGGCAGAUCGGAGAGUGGAUCGUGGAGGGCAAGAUCAAGCCGGUGAUUGAUUCCAAGGUGCCGUUUGCCGAGGCGCCGACGGGAGUGACGAAGCAGAAGAGUGGGCGGGCGAGGGGCAAGAUUGUGGUGGACGUUGCGCUUGAAGGGGAAAAGUGAGGCUUGCCGCGCUCCGAAAUGUUCUAAUAGCAAACCUUGAAGCUGCGUGGGACAGGUAUAUCCCGAAGAAUAGACAGGAAGAAAUCGAGGU